AUGGGAAGCCUUUUAAUAAAAGGACCAACAGUAACUAUAACUACCUAUCGAACACAAGACGGUUCUCCGCCAGAGCCUCAGAACGAAGUGGCUGGUGGGCUGGACACUGCCCAAGAUGGGGACUCGAAAGAGCUGGACCAGUCGCCCAACGCGAAAGAUGCUAUUACCAACACCGGAGAUGAAAAAGAUGGUGGUGGUGGUAAGGACGACGGCACCGGUGCUCUUGAGGAGAAGCUCUUAGCAGCUGCACGAGACGGGAACGAAGAGGUAGUGCGGGAUCUUCUUCAAAAGGAAGAAGAAAUCAAAAUCAACGCCACAGACGUGGACGGCAGAUCGGCGCUUCAUCUCGCGGCCAAAAGUGGCCAUCAGAAGGUGGUCCAGGAGUUGUUGAAAACAAGCAAUAGAAUAGGAAUUAUCCAUCAAUUGUGGAAUUUGAAAGACAAUUAUGGGGAAACAGCCCUUCAUCUCGCGUCAAGUUAUGAUUGGAAGGAGGUGGUCCAGGAGCUAUUGAACGCAAGUUAUGGAACAGAAAUUAUCAAUGAUUUACUGAUUUCAAAAACCAAGAGCGGGAGAACAGCGCUUCAUCUCGCGUCAGCAGGCGGUUAUAAGGAGGUGGUCCAGGAGCUGCUAAAUGCCAGCGAUAGAACAGGAACAACCAAGGAUCUCUUGAUUUCAAAAGAAAAUGAAGGGAGUACCGCGCUUCAUCUGGCAUCGUGGCGUGGUCAUGAAGAGGCGAUCAAGGAGCUACUGAACACAAACUACGGACUUCGCAGCGAGUACCUCAAUCUUAAAGACGAAGACGGGAGGACUGCUCUUCACAUUGCUUGCAAGGGCCGUGAUGAAAGUGUGAAAGUCCUGCUUGACAGAAAGGCGGAGAUUAGUCUUCAAACUGCGAACGGAAAGACUCCACUUAUGGAAGCUAUCUGGCACUCGCAUGAAUCUAUCGUCGAACUGUUGGUUGAGAAUGGCGCCGACAUCAAAACUCACUCCAACAAUUAUUCCAUAUUGACAGCGGCAUACUAUGGUCCAAAAACCGACAAGAUCGUCCAGUAUUUGUUGGAUAAAGAUCUAGAUGUAAAUGAGAAAGAUCCAGAUGGAUGGGCACCCAUACAUACCGCCCUCUGGGUAAAGUCGGAUGCAAGUUUGGCGGUGGUAAAGCUGCUAAUCAGCCGGGGUGCAAAUCUUGAAGCUCAAAACUCUUGGAAGAAGACGCCCUUGCAUUUAGCACUUGAAGAACGGAAUCAAGAGACCAUAAGACUGAUUCUUGAGAACAGUCAAAACGUGGAUAUUGCAGACGAAGAAGGAUUGACCCCAUUGAUUGCAUGUCGGGGCUGA